AUGAAUGUUCUAUCAAAUUUGCAAGAUAAAGCUGCUUCGGAGAGGAGAAUUGGUUACCAUCCGAGAUGUCAGAAGAUGGCUCUGACACACAUGAGCUUUGCAGAUGAUAUAUUGGUCUUCACAGAUGGAAAGAUCAGAUCUCUAGACAGUAUUGAUGAGGUUUUUGAAUAUUUCGCAAAGAUAUCAGGACUGGAGAUAAGUUUGGAGAAGUGUACAUUCUAUUUAGCUGGUGUGUCAGAUGCAAGAAGACAGGAAAUGGAGUCGAGAUACUCAAUACAAUCAGGAAAGCUACCUGUGAGGUAUUUGGGGCUUCCACUUCUUACAAAAAGGAUGACGAUAGCAGACUAUAAGCCGUUACUGGAUCAUUACCACAAGCAUGCCUUAAAGAGGUGGAGAGAAUAUGUGAAGCAUUUGUGGUCAGGUCCGAGCUUGAAUCCUAGAAAAGCAAAGGUUUCAUCGGAAGCUAUUUGUAAGCCAAAAACAGGAGGAGGAUUGGGUAUAAGAUCAAUGCGAGUGGUUAAUGAAGUAGGCUGUCUUCGACUGAUAUGGAGAAUUCUUACAUCAACUCCAUCUAUAUGGGUCAAAUGGAUUCAAACCUAUCUAAUCUGUGAUGAGAAUUUCUGGUCAAUAAAAGAUAAAACCAGCAAAGGUUCUUGGAUGUGGAAAAACAUCGUGAGAAAAAUGGCUCAAGGGUUUUUCAAGAAAGAGGUGAAGAGUGGCAGUAAAACUUCAUUCUGGUUUUGA